AUGAGCAAUCUCAGUAACGUUCAACGAAAAAUUAGUAGCGGCUCGGGAGAAACGUUACCUGAACAGAUUUCACGAAGAGGAAGUAAGCGAGAACUUGAAGACGACCUAGACGAUGAUUCUGGUGACGACGAGAAUAAGGCGGAGAAAAGAGCUGGACGUCGUAAGAUAAAAAUCGAAUACAUUGAUGAUAAAAGCAGGCGUCAUAUUACUUUUAGUAAACGAAAGGCUGGUAUAAUGAAAAAGGCGUAUGAACUUAGUACCUUGACAGGCACGCAAGUUCUUCUUCUUGUCGUAUCCGAAACUGGUCUCGUUUAUACUUUUACGACCCCGAAACUUCAACCUCUUGUCACAAAACCCGAGGGUAAAAAUUUAAUCCAAGCUUGUCUGAACGCACCUGAUGGACCGACAACUCAGGAAACAACCGCGCAACCGCGUGCGCCUCAAAGUACCACAAGCUAUGGGGGUGAUAAUACGGCUACGGACGGAAAUAGCGAUAACGUUUAUGAAUCCGAUCGGAAGCAGCAUCAAGCUUCUAAUAACGGACAAAUACCACCCGCACAACCCUAUGCUAUAGGAUUAAAUCCAUAUGCAAAUCAAUAUGGUGGUAUCCCAAGCAGUAUGGCAAUGGGUGCCGGGGGUCUCGCCGCUCAGUCUUACAUGUCUCCAGCGGCUCAAUAUUCUCAAUACAGUCAACAACAACAGCAUUUGAACCAAUAUGCUGCCGCUCAAAAUUCUCCUUAUAUGCAAAGUCCUAAUGCAGGUUAUUGGAAUCAGUCUAAUACUGGAGGGAAUGGGGCAUCAAAAGUUCAACAAUUUUCACCUCAAUCUACCGAGAAGAAAUGA